ACAUGUUGCCUCAUGUUGUUAAUGGUACUUAUGGUAUUGGAUACAUUAAUGUUAAUGGUACUCAUGGUAUUGGACACGUUCAAUAUCAAGCAUAUCCACCUAUGCAGUUCACUACUCAACCUCAACCUCAACUUCCACCGUCUCCUGUGCAAGCUAAUAUCCAAAUUAAUAAUAACUUUCAAAGACAGUCAUCAUUUACGUCUCAAGCUCCAAAUUUGACUGAUCAACAAGGGAUUGAAAAUUGUAUUUGUCGAGUUCUUUAA